AACCUCAACUCUCUAGCUAGCUAAUUUUGUAUAACAAAAUUGGUUGUAGAUUAAUACGAUCAGAAAUAAUGUUUGCCUUAGUUUUAACGGUGCUGGUGAUCCUCAUUGCAAAGUGGGUUCACAGAUGCUGGACUCCCAAGUGCAACGGCACGCUCCCACCGGGCUCGAUGGGCUUGCCACUGCUCGGGGAGACUCUGCACUUCCUCGCUUCGACCACCUCCAACGAUGUUCCUCCUUUCCUGCGUAAUAGGAUGCAGAAGUAUGGGCCUGUUUUCAAGACUAGUUUGGUGGGGCAGGCGAUGAUCGUGUCAACGGAUGCCGAUCUCAACUACUUCAUCUUUCAGAAGGAGGGAGAGCUGUUCGAGAGCUGGUAUCCCGACACAUUCACCAAAAUCUUUGGCACCCAAAACCUAUCCAAUCUGCACGGCUUCUUGUUCAAGUACGUCAAGAAUAUGGUGCUCAAUCUAGUUGGCUCAGAAAGGCUCAUCGCGAUGCUUCCAGAAAUCGAGGGCGCCUCAAGCCGUUGCUUGAAGACGUGGUCCGGCCACGAUAGUGUUGAUGUCAGGGAAACUACGGCUCAGAUGAUAUUUGAUCUCACUGCUAAAAAGCUGAUCAGUUACGACUCAGAAAAAUCGUCAGAGGAUUUGAGGGGAUAUUUUGAAGCUUUCAUAAAGGGAUUAAUUUCAUUUCCCUUCAACAUUCCUGGAACAUCUUACUACCAAUGCUUACAAGGAAGAAAAAAGGCGUUGAAGAUGCUGAAGAACAUGCUUCAAGAGAGACGAGAAAGGCCGCGAGAAACGCAGAGUGAUUUCUUCGAUUAUGUGUUGAAAGAAGUUGAACGUGAGGAUAAGAUACUGACAGAGGAUAUUGCUUUGGAUUUGAUGUUCGUGCUGCUCUUCGCCAGCUACGAAACAACCUCAUUGGCGCUCACUUUAGCAAUAAAAUUUCUAUCGGACCAUCCCUCUGUUUUAAAACAAUUAAUGGAAGAGCACGAGGCAAUCAUAAAAAGGAGGGAAAAUCCAGAUUCGGGACUAACAUGGAGUGAAUACAAAUCAAUGAAAUUUACAUUUCAGAUCAUCAAUGAAACUCUGAGGCUAGCUAACAUAGCUCCUGUGAUUUUCAGAAAAGCAAUGAAAGAAACUAAAUUUAAAGAAUAUACCAUACCGGCAGGUUGGCCUGUUAUGGUAUGCCCUCCAACCCUUCACUUAGACCCCAACACAUACAAAGAUCCACUCCUAUUCAAUCCAUGGCGGUGGGAGGGAGUAGACACGCACGUGGCGUCGAGAAAGUUCAUGGUGUUCGGAGGAGGGGUGAGAGUCUGCGUGGGAGCGGAUUUUGCCAAGCUGCAGAUGGCAGUCUUUCUCCAUUGCUUGGUCACAAAAUACAAGUGGAAAGCAAUCAAAGGAGGAGAGAUUGUUCGAACUCCUGGCUUGCAGUUUCCAAAUGGAUAUCACAUCCACAUCUCUCCAAAUUAGAUGAUAUACCUAUGUCAUAAUCCAUAGAUACCAAUAAGUGGAGUAGUGUGCGUUUUAUCUAGUCCAUAGUAUUUUUCUUCUUUUAAAUGUUUUGGUUUGAUAAAAUAAACGAGUACUCUUUUUCCUUACAUGGUGUUUUUUCCAUUGGAUUUUCACCGUUAAGGUUCUAAUGAGACUCGGCCAGCCCUUAGUUUGCUUUUUGUGCUUUCAAGGGUUUGUUUGUUUUUUUCUUUUUUACUUUCUUUUUCGUUUUUUCCUAAUAGAUAUAUUAGUAAAGAGUCCUAAUGUUAUCAAGAUAAUAAGUGUUCCGAGUAGUGAAUUACGCUUUCCCUACUUAUAUUUGUGAUAAUAAUAUAAUAAAAUUGCAUCGA